AUGAAAAGGAUGAAGUCAACAAAGAGGCAGAUUACAUCGAGUGGAAGUGCAAAUACUUUUCCGCUAUGCAUAAAGCGAGUGGAGAGUCAAUACACGUUUCAGGGGGUCUGAGUGGAAAGGGAGAAAUUGCCAAGCUAUACAGGCACAGACACUUUGGAGACGCUGUGUUCUUCAGAUUUCCAAUGCCCUGUGUGCAUUUAACCAGCUACGUCCUCAUCCAGCCGCGGGGAUGUAUAGAAACCGUGAACAUACAAAAUAUUGUGUAUGCAGCCGAGUUCUCCAGCAUAAAAUAUGGACGUAUAUAAACUCAGUCUAGUUUUCGUAUAAGGCCACUACGGCCAAUGCAUCAUACCAAUAUAAAUCACAUUGAAAAUUUAUACUGGAGCGUGUAAGAGGUUUAGUGAAAGUCUGAGUAAAGGCGGCGGGCAUAAUCUAUAACUUUCAUCGGAAGAAAUUACGGCAUCGUGUUAAUAAUUAUCAAACAAGUUGUGCGUUCGCUUGAUCCAUGUUAGGUACUUUGCAGAGGUAGGAGUUCACUACUGUUUGGAUUUUCGAAUACACGAGAAUAGUCCGCCCCAAGAUUAAUCCCAGUUUCAAGCCGAUUCUUUUUAAUCUGAGACGAGUGACGUGAUCACGAGAUAACAACGAAAGAAAAAUCUUCCGAGAGUUGAUACUGACGUGUAGACACAUGUUACUUAUUCUUCAAUUUGUAGCAUGCCCGAUCCACUUGACGUGCAGUGUCUGGCUGGUUGGGUUCUUUCCCAUCUGCCCCUUUACCCAAUUUUUUGUUGGACUGUAAAUCAAUCAUUGGUUAUUCUGGCUGGAUGGCUAUCAACCCGCAGGCCGUGCUCUCCACAACAGGCUCGUACGUGGCUCCCGGCAAGCCCGGGCUGUGCCCCCGAAUCUCACCAACGUGGAGACGAAGAGCUAACAGAAAAUCCAGAUGGUUUUCGUAUGAGAUAGUUGAGGUGAAGACGACCGCUGUUGCCCUCUCAUCCAGCCUGGACCUUCACGCGAUCUCAUCUGACACGUGGGAGAACGGGCAACAAACCCAAAAAGAGAAUAAACGUCCGGGAAAAAUAAUAUUGAAAAGGUUGAAAAGGAUGUCGGGAAAAAUGUUCCUGACGUCCAUCGAGGGAAAAGCAAGAGCAACAAUUUAAUCAGAAAAUAUUUAACUGAACUCUGGAGAUAAUGUCUUUUGUCAAGUACUUAAUGGUGGGAAGUAAAUGUAUAUAAAUUUUGUUGAGUCGUGAGAUUUAAUUAUACGUAUUGGAGUUUACAUUUCGAAUGUUUGGCAAAAAUUAAUUUUUAGAUGGAAUGAAUAGGUCUUUGUACGAUUAGUA